AUGGGACCGGCUAUGAAUGACGCGACCGAUGGUCUGGAAGCCGACAAUGCGCACGAUGGCUUCAAAGAGCUCCUGACCGCGAUCAACCCAUACGUUGACGAGCUACUUCACCAACCCGCAUUCCACCUCUUCAUGACUUUACCUGCUGAGCUUCGAUGCAUGGUCUACGAACAGUACUUCCUAGACGAAACGCAUUCAAUAGCCUGUCAGAAUUGGCCACACUUGCGAUUCUCCAAGGAUUAUGAGUGGUCUAUUCGAGUCAAGAGGAAGCACUCUCCAUUUCUUCCACCUCUCUGUCUUACAACAACGAAUGGCCAUGCAACGGUCUCUGUACGCGCACUUUCAUUCGAAAUGUUCUUACACGACUUCCAACUUCAAGCUAUCCUGGGUCUGGAAGAGCUACAAAAGCUCAGCAUUAUAAAGAUCAGUGGGGUAGCCGACAUUUACGACAUCCUCGGUCAGAUUAAAGUUAACGACAGCGGCCUGGUCGAAGAUCUUAAGUCAAGCAAUCUCACCGCUAUAUUACAUCUUUGUCGACAAAUUAAAACCGGUUUCACCAUGCAAGGACGCAACGUGGUAGUCAAAGCCUAUCUUCAGUAUGGCCAAGAAGUAUAUGAAGAAAGGAUCUUUGAAUGA